UUUCAGAAGGAUGGAACGGUUGACAAAGAUUGCUACGACCCUGAGGAACAACUGGAAGAAGACUGUUGUUCUGACUGCUGCGGCUGGAUAUGGGUUAAAAUGGAACCAGGACAGACUACAGAGCAAUGCUAUGAUGACUGCCUGCUGUAGAGAAGCAUUAAAUUAUGGUUCUAUUACACAGGGGGUGGCAGACACAAAUUAUCACGUGACUGUGAUACUGAACCCAGCAGCUAGUGGGGGUAAGGGAAGAAAACUAUUUGAACAAUAUUCUGCUCCUCUUCUCCAUCUAGCAGGGUUCAAGGUAUCCGUCCAGUUGACCGAAGGGAGGAAUGAGGCUAAGGAACUCAUGAAGAUAAUGGAUAAUACUGAUGCUGUACUAAUUGCUGGAGGAGAUGGAACAGUAAUGGAGGCAGUUACAGGAAUGCUACGUAGAGAAGAUGCUGAACUAUUCCGUCAUGUUCCAAUUGGAAUUAUUCCUGUAGGGGAGAACAAUACUUUAUCCACGAGGUUGUUCCCAGGUUUAGACCAGGUGAGGAAGAUGGCAGAAUCUACAAUGUCUGUGAUUAAACAGUUGAAGAAACCAAUAAAUGUGAUUGAGGUGGAGAAUCUAUGUGAAAAUGAGGACUAUAAAGGGAAGAAACUACACGCGUUGAACUCUUUACAAAUAGGGGCCUGGAGAGAAGCUGCACAAAGAAGGGACAGUUACUGGUACUGGGGUGGACUCAAGGAUAAACUCUGCUUUGUUUUUGGAUAUCUUACAGCACAUAAGAAUAUAAACUGGGAUUGGAGUGUGAUGGUGGAGAGUGGAUCUACCGUACAAACAGUUCACCAGGUUGAGGAGAAAAGACGCGGCCUAUCCUCCCUGUUCUCCUCUACACCCUCUAUAGUAGAGGUCGUGGAGGAGGCCGAGGAGUGGGACCAGGUCCUCGAUACAACAGUCUCAGAAAUAGAUCUCAGGUGGGGUAAAGUUAAUCUUCUCUUCUAGUGACUGGUAACACUAAUUCAAUUGACCCUUCAUUUUAUGAGUUACAUGUGGGACUCAGAAACUGACCCUUUAGUCCUUUGUAAGUGCAACUCUCAAUCAGAAAAUUGCAUACAAAAAAAAAUCGUCGAUAUUAGAGGUGUAUUCACUGAUC